ACUCAAUGCCGAGUGUAUAAAAAAAUGCAUUGGGAAAAGUUUAAACCAUGUAACGGAAUCGCGUAGUACCCCAAGUCACACAGGCAUGCAAUCAUUCUCACUUUUGUGACUUUUUGGACUGUCAAAUUGUUGGCACUUCCAAGAGAGCGAGACUCACAAAACGGCCGCCCCGAGAGAAUCCGCCUGUGUCCUUCAUUCACUCUCACACGGUACGUUCAGCAACAGUAUGCAAAACACAAUUGCCACAUCAGAACCCGAUUCUGUGUAUCAAAUGCAACUGCUUAGCAUAGAACAACAACAUUUGGCCAUGGCUAAUCGUCAUCGUCUGUCAUCUUGCCAUUGUUGAUUUUGAAUAGCGUCCGCGCUGUACUUCUGCUUCCAAGAAUACCCUGCGUGUAACGUUGGCAUCCACAAGCAAAGCAUUGUGGGCUUAAAGCAGACCCACGAGUUCGGUUGUUUGGUCCGAACUAGAUUUCGGAUGCGCGUUCACAUUCACAAAAUGAAGCGGACUAUCUGAGAAAAAGAACUUUGGUCCAUUUAAAACGGACCUAACAGUGCUAGUGUGAAAGUGCCCUUAGGAUAACAGAAAAAAAUCUGUGGAAAAACACUUCCAGGGCAUAACUUCAAAAACAACCCCAUGUCUGACAAUACAUACUGUACGUUACUAAAAGAGUGCUUCUUCGUGCACAACAUACGUACUCUAAAGCCACCUGUAACCUCGAGUCAUAUUUAGUUACAGCAGUAAACCACCAGCAGACCACCUGUAAGUUUUUACUACCUGUCGACAACCAUCCCAAAAUGGCUGCAACAGCCACUUUUUCUAGGCCAUACUUAGCAGCUGAGAAUCAAUCCAUCUCUUUUUAUGGACCAAAUACUGUGACUGAAGUGUACAUUUCUCAUUUAAGGUUGUAAUGGCUUGUUUCUAAGGCGAUGUUGCAUUUACAGUACGCACAAUGAGUUUUUUCUUCAAUGUGCGGCUAUUAAUCACGAGUCAGGCACUGUCACAAUUCUUCAUUUAGGGCUCCAGCGCUCACUGCCCAAUUCUCCUCCUUUCCUUCUUACUAUUCUCAUACACAGUCAUGUUCACAUGUACAAUACAGGUAUAUAAAUACAGUACACGUGUCUUCUUCUGAUCUCCUUCCACAUAUGCUCAUGAAGACAUGCACAUAAUGCUCACAUGUCCUGUCAGUGUGUCCCCUUGGGGAACAUCAGCUGCCGUUUGGCACGCCUACCCAAGACAUAACAAAUUAAGGUCACAGCAGGGAUGGCCAAGCCUGCAAAGGACAACACGAGCUGCUUUAUAUGCGUUUAAGUGCAUGAAUAUAUUGUUUAUAAACUUCUCUGACCUCUAAAAAAAUGGGCAUACCUCCAAAGAGUGUUGCUGUCAAACGGCUCCUGUCCCACUCAGAAGAAAUGUGACCCGCAGUGCAUCAUUUUGCAGGAUAAAAGGUGACAUCUUCCAUCCUUUGAAUAUGGGUUGGAAAACAGACAUAAAUGCAUUCCCAGUGGCUCUUUGAUGAUGCCAGAUGAUGACCUUUAGGGAAUGGGCUCAUAUUUUGCUGUCAUAGGCCAUCAUUGCCAUUUUAGCAAUAACUUUCUACGGUGGCUGAGGAGUGUCGGGGAUUAAGCAAAUUCCAAACUGUUUGCAAAAGACAAAAAAAAAAAAACAAAACCCCACCAAUGCCAAUAGCGGCAAAAUAAAUACAAAAUGACCACAACGGAAUGGAGUUGCAAUAGAAGUAGACUUAUUUAUUUCAACAGUAGAUCACUAUUGUUAAUAACGACAUUAGAGUAUAAUGGCGUUUCUAAUGGCAUUAUUUUCUUCAGUAGUGAGUAAUCUAAUUAAUUUUCCCAUCUUUGCAGUGACAUUAUCGUUACUGAGGAUGUGAAGGGGCGCAUUACUACAAUUUGGAUGACUGAAGCGCAAGUUGUCUGAUUUUGUCACACAUCAGCUGCCUGGGAAAGAGCAAAGCAGGAGCGGGGGAGGAAAGAAGGGGGCGGUGACGCCGUUGCAAACGCGAUGAUGAUUGGCUAGGAGGUAUAAAUCGAGCUGGGGCUGCUGUUCCAGCAUUCUUGAGGACCCCAACAAUGAUCCAGCCACACCUGGACAUGAAGCCUUACCUGCCGUUUCCAAUGGAGACUCCUCCUCCACCCCCACCUCCUCCUCACAGCCUGAGCCUUUUCCAUAACUUCAGUACGAUGGACCCAGUCCAGAAGGCCGUGAUCAACCACACAUUCGGAGUUCCACUGGUCAAGACCAAGCGGCCGGUCAUUUCCUGCAACGUCUGUCAGAUCCGCUUCAACUCAGAGAGCCAAGCUGAAGCCCACUACAAAGGAAACCGCCAUGCCAGGAGAGUCAAAGGCAUUGAAACCUCAAAGAGUCGCUGUCAAGAUGGUGACAAGCCUCAAACCGCGACCCCCACCACCUCGCCAUCUCCUCCGGGAGCCCCAGGCACUCCCUCUGAUAACGAGAGCAGCAAACAAGAUGAAACACAGCCUGUGUCACAGUUAAAUGGGCCACUGUUUGCCUCGGGAACUCUACCCCCUCUGACCAACCCGCCUACCCCACCCAUGGACCCACCCUCUCAAUGUGCCCUGCUGCCCACUUCGACCCAUCCCAUGAGUUCUACUUCCUCCUCCUCGCCAGGUGGUAGCAUCCCCGGCAACUCAGAGCCCUCUCUGGUCUCAGGAGCCACAGGGCCCUUGACUUCCGGCGGUCCACCCGGCCCAGAGACAGAAGAGGACAAGGCAAAGAAGUUGCUCUAUUGUUCCUUGUGCAAAGUGGCUGUCAACUCCUUGUCACAACUGGAGGCUCACAACAAAGGUACCAAACACAAAACUAUUUUGGAGGCUCGCAGUGGGCUGGGCCCCAUCAAGGCUUAUCCACGCCUGGGUCCGAAGCCAAGUGGAGAGCAAGGAGGUGGCCCAGUGGACCCCAACACUCAGGAAAGAACCUUCCACUGUGAGAUCUGCAAUGUGCGGGUCAAUUCUGAAUUGCAACUCAAACAGCACAUAUCAAGUCGAAGGCAUCGGGAUGGAAUGGCGGGCAAGCCGAACCCCCUCCUCAGCCGGCACAAGAAGCACAGGGGAGCUGAUCUGACGUCAUCGCUGACCUUCUCCAAGGAUCUCAGCAAAGCUUUGGGAGCCGGGCUGCUCCCCAACCCCUUAGCUGUCGCGGCAGCCAUGGCUGCCGCCGUAUCUACAAACCCGCUGGCACUGCGCGCAGCCACUCCAUCGCCGCACCCGCACCACCACCUGCUACAAGGACCGCCCCUCAGCCACGCCAUCUUGAGACCCGCUCCGGGACCCAUCCGCACCGCUCACGGGCCCAUCCUUUUUUCUCCUUACUGACACAUUGCCCGCUGACUUGGGAUCAGCCACUUCAAAAGCACACUGUGAAGACCCAAACAUGAUCCACAGACAGCAACUGAUCCAAACUUAUUUAAAAUACGUACUGAGAAAAAACAACGAGGGAGGAGUAAAACUGCAAAUCUCUCGAAUUUCCCUUUACCUGAAACUCUUCUUCCAUUUCACAGACUUCUGUGUGAGCUACAGAUGGAAUGGACAGUGGAGAGAUCAUUAUUCAUUAUGCAUUGAACUUCCUUGUAAACCCUCCUGGUUCCCCCUCCCUUGCACUGUGGCCCAAUCAGUCAUGGUUGCCUGAAUAGCUACAAAAGAAACACAUGCGCACCAUCAAAACCACAUGGAUCAUUAUAUGAAUUCUCUGCCUUCUUUAUUCCUCUUAUGUCACCAUGACAAAAUGUGCUCUUCUCAUCCUAUGCACUUAAAAAAACAAACGACAACGUUGUUUGUUAGGUAGUUUUGUCGGCUCUUUUAUUGUGACGGCAAGAAAAUACAAUGUAAUAUUUGUAAAACAGCUAGGUGGGACUGCCCUUGUGAUGCCAUGAGAGAGAGAAAAAGGGUACACAGCAAAACAUUUAGACAAGGGCAUACUUGCCAACCUCAGUCAAAAGUAAAAAGAAGAGAAACCAGAAUAGUGUGUGAUGUAAAUUGGAACCUCCAAGGUGAAAAAUACUUGUAAUCAGUUGAGGUGCACUAGUUAAUUUAGAGAAUUAAUGCAUGGGAUGUCCAUCACCGUCAAUGGCAGCCAAUGAGACAGUAAUGGACUUAUUAUUAUUAUAAAUCAUUAAAGCAAUACGAGGUAACUUUCCAACCGUUAUAGAAUAUUUUCAUAACAUUUGUGAUGAUAUGUCAACUACCUAACUAGUUCAAUGACACCUCUUUUAAGUCUUGAGGGGGUCUAUAUCACUUUUGAUGGCACUACUUAAAUUAGAGAAGGGUGGCAGGAACCCUUCCACUCAAAAAUAAAAAAACUACAAAUGUGCCGACUGCUUUACGGCAUACGUCUGUCAGGAUUUGAGAACGCGAAAACAAGGUUGGACUCACAACAGACAACCAACGACUGAGGGAAGUGUACAAGGGUUUAUUAAAUACAAACCAAAACACACGCGAUCGCGGUAAAAAGGGGAAAUAACAAAACGGGUCCGUGACAGGAGGUCGACGGGGAUCAGUAUACAAACGCGAAGGUAAACCAAGGUGGUAGGCAGAGAGCCAAUAAAACAACUAAAUUACACUCACGUACCUGCACAAGGUAGAGGCAUACAAAACUAGAGCGACAGGCGACCAAAACCCACGGCAGGGGCAUACUUACAAAAAUAACAAGCUACUCGGAUGACAAGGAUGGCGAAUGGCGACCAGCAAGGAAAAAUAUCUCGGCGUCCUUCCAGUGGAUCGCCUGCGUCUUUAUACUGUUGUUGAUGAGCUGCAGGUGCGACGUCGGGAACGCCCCCACAGCCGGCUCUGCAACAACACAAAAUCUGACCAGGAGCAGAACGUGACAACGUCACUUUCCCCAUUCAUUUUAAAGACGAGAGUUAAUGCCAACCUUUUGCACUAAUUCUGCAAAGAUGGCAGAGCAACAAAAGAGCCAAAAAGUUUUGUCCGAGGAAAAAAAAAAAAGGGAGGCUACCAGGAUAUACAGAAUAAACAUUGACGCGGCUUCCACUCACUGGCGUGAUGCCCUCCCUGGGUUAGCCACACCAAGCCACAUGGUUGCUUACAGUCAUAUGCUAUUGUUUAGGCACAACUGGAUUCAUUACCUUAUUACUAUUCAUCCUUCACGCAGCCCCUGGAAACAGAAAUGUUGUUUAAUCCAUCUGCAGGCGACGGGGAGAUCAUGAUUUUACGACACUAGACGGGUGUGCACUAAACCUCAUGGGAAACGCUGUCUUCCUUAAAGCAAAACACUACCAAUUUUGUCCACGGGCAUCGCUAAAAUUGGCCAAAAUUGAAAAGUUACCAAGUGUUGCUUUAACCCUUUUUAUGGCUCUCUUUAAAAUGCUAUGAUUUUUAAAAUGACUUUAUAGCAUUAUAGGAGCCAUAACCAGAGUUUAUUUCUAUUUUCAACAUUUUUAACAAUUUCCAAUCUCAUAUAUAUAUGUAUAUAUAUAUAUAUAUAUAUAUUUUUUUUUUAAAUUAAAUAUUGUAUAAAUAUAUUAAAUUAAUACAACAAUAGUCAACAAUAAAAAACCUUUAUAUAUUAUUAUUAUCAUUAUUAAAAUUAAGUACAUAAAUGACCAAAUAUAGUCACUUACUUUAACAUAUUUUACAAUAAAACGGCCCUUUGAGGACUGACAGUCAAGCAAUGUAGACUGUUUUAGCUACUGGUGGCGUACAUAUACAGUGGGGAGAACAAGUAUUUGAUACACUGCCAAUGGGUUUUCCCAUUGACUGUGUAUCAAAUACUUGUUCUCCCCACUGUAAGUACCAUAUUUUUCCGACUAUAAAACGCACUUAAAAUUCUUUAUUUUUACCAAAAAAUGUAUAGUGCGUCUUGUAAUCAGAUGCUCCCUAUGUAUGAAAACUGGUCGUGCGUAACGACCUUGAACCUACUUUUGGAGCAUAACUGUAUUACACUGCUUCAGUGAAGUGUUCGAGAUGCAAAUUAAUCACUCAUCAAAUCCAUAAACAGAACAAUAAAAUACAUUAAUGAAUAAAACAGUUAUAAGAAUGUUAAAAGAUAAGAACAAAUGCAGUACAGUGAUGUACUAAAGCGCCUGAUAAUUAGGUGCCCCUUAUGUACGAAAACUCUUUCAUUAAUGGUGCACUUUAUAAUCCAAAAUAUGGUACUGUUGGAUCAAUGUCUGAGCAGACAACAGACUACGUCUGACUUGUGAGGUUGGCACUUGUGUGCUUUUUUAGCCAAGAUGUUUCUGCUUGCACCUUUACAUUUAGGUCCUGCAAAGUCAAUCCCAACUGCGCUGAAAUUCUCCAAACCUGCCUCACUCACCCCACUUCACCUCCCAUUUCAUAUCCAGGUGCAACAACGAGCCACAUUCAUUUUGGAAAUCAAACUUUAAUAAUAAAGUAGAAGAGAACGCCAAAUACACAAGCUAAGCAGAACCCCUGUAUGGUUCUGAAAACUGAAAGCCAUAAACUACAACAUGAUUUGUUUUCCAUCACAAAGACUGGCGAGCACGCUGGUGGCUAUCACUGUUUGCUUUGACUUCAUGUGUUAACUGAAGCAACAAUAACAAAGAAAAGCAACAAAAUGAUUAUACAACUGAUGAUUUUAAGAACAAAGAGGGAUGGGGGAAGUUAUGGAGUGUUGACCCACAUAUGGGAUGACCCCCAGACUUUAACUGCACAGGAGACCUAAAAGCAAGCAAUGAGCUAACAAGAUCUACACUGUGCCCGUUCAUUGAGAAGCAAUGAGUUCUAAUGUCUUACCUUAUGUCUGAAUAUUGCAAUGCAAUGAGCAUUUUUUAUUGUUAGCUUUGUAACAUAUGUCUGGGGUCAAACUGAACUGGGAGCACGCAGACAAGACUUUUUCUUCCAUCGGGAUCGCAUAUCCCAGAGAAAGAUGAAAGUGGAAUUAGGUGUCGGGGUUGACCCUUCAUAUUAAAGGGCCUUUUUUUUUUUUUUUUUUUGCUUGGUUGAUCUCUGCUCUGGGAACAGGGUAUAAUGCCAGGGUGUGGUUUUUCAAAAAAUGAAAUCUGAAUCUCAAUUAUCCUGAUUUUGUUAACCCUCUCCAAUUGAUUGCUAUUUUUCUUCCUGGAUUUACAAAGAACUUUCUGUUAGGAUCAAUUUGAUCCUGCCACCUUACAUUUGAAGUUUUUGGAAAGUUCUAGGACUACCAGGAUACAUCCCAUAUACAUUUUUUUUAAUCUCUUUGCUUAUUUCAUUUUGAUUCAGCUAUUUUCCAAAUGGCCUUCAGCACAAGAUUAUUUUAAUUUCUUUCAGACAUAAUGCACUUCACCGCAUAGCAAUUCUAAUUCUAAUGUCAAUCAUCAAGUGUUGAAACAAUUUAGAACUGCUUUUUGAUUAGUAUUCUAGGUAUGAGCAAAAUACCCCAUUAAAGGGGAAGUUCAGAAUUUUUGACAUCAGGGUUAAUCUUAGAGUUAGCUAGGGUUUGCUUAGUUAGUUAGAUUUCAACAAAUUCCGUGUAGUUUGUCAGUAUUAGGGCUCCGGAGUGGCUAAGCUAGCAUGAGUCAAUUGGGCUGAGCAUGCCAAUAAAAAACAACCUAUGCACACAUGAAAAUCAUGGAUGACCCAUGCAAUCAAUUGUGUUGGCUAUGUUUUCAAGAUAGAGUUAUUAAAACUUACCUUUGCAUGUCAAUAAUUGCAGUACAAACAGCAAAAUUUGUAAUCCAGCAGCUAUGCAGAGGAGCAGAGCAGAGUGAUAUCACAUCGUUUUUAUCACCGCUGAUUUUUUUAUGUCGUAGCCAGCAGCAAGUAACCAGUUUAUAUUGUUCCUCGUUUCUCAUAAGGAAGAUGUGGAAACUUUGUUUCGUCCAUUCCUUCUGUCUGUUUCCAAAGCCUCUAAAUGCACAUUUCGCUAUAUUGCCGGCCAUCAGUUAACUCAGCAGACUGAUGCUGCAUUCGAGGAAGGUGGGAAAUCAGAAUUUACAACAUCCGAGUUUGAAAAAUAUCGUCGUCGUGAUGAAAAUGUCUUUUGAUGGCCAAAAUUAAAAACAACUUGUCACGAUCAGCCAUCAUUGCUGUUUACAUUCGCCUUGAACGCUUUGAGGUCGCAACUGGUACCAUCCGAGCGGGAUAAGUCCGAGUCUCCACCUUCCUCGAAUGCAGCGUGAGCACAAGUUGCCGAUGCACUCCUCUCCAUUGUGGUCGUAUUACACAUCUAACAAAAUAGUCCUGCAGAAUGAAAUGAACUACGGCUGUUUGGUGUGACAUUGUUUUGGCCGCAUCAGUGUUUUGGAUCUGCACUUUGAAUUUAUUUGACUAUGUUGGAUCUGUUCGUAGAUCUGUAUUGUUUUAUAUUGGCAUGCUAGGAAGGGACCAUUGACUUGCGCUAGCUUAGCCACUUCAGAGCCCUGAAACUAACAAAUAACUUACAAACUGCAUGGAAUUCGAUUAAAUCAACUCCAUUGACUAAUUAAACCCCCACUAACUCCAAGUUUAAGCCUAAUGUAAAAAAUUCUGAACUUCUGCUGUAAGGAACAGAAUGAUAUAUUCCCUAAUUUUGAGAAUUAAUAUAAUUCAAGCCAAUCUGAUCCAGAUGGAAUAUUUUGAAAUACUGAGCCCAGGGGUCUAGAGGCAAAAGCGAUAGACUAACAACACUGGCAGAGUUUGCUUUUAUAGUUAGCUGUGUUAUAUUAUGAGCGUGGAACUCUUUCGGACUUUAAGAAGUCACUGGCCUUGUCGUCAGUGCCCACCGUUGUGCUCUUUUUUUGUUGCUGAGGCAAAAAUGUUCUUAAUAAGUUUUUGCGAGUCAGGAACUAUUAUUCCAGGGUCUGUACUCUCCUAAUUGUCGCUGUGUGUAGCAUACUGUACUGGGUGUUCUCUCGUGUGCCGGGACUUAUUUGUUCCCUUUUGUCUGACGCAACAUGGAGUUCAAGGAUGGCCUAACACGAUCCUGAGGAGAAAAAAAAUAUUCUUGCACAUUUGAGAACUGUUCCAUCACUUUAUUCAGUGUACUGCAUUUGAAGCAAUCAUCAUGACUCGUGUUCAUUAUCCACAAACGGGAAAAAAAUAUAUUAGAUUAUUUUCCGAGCAGGUGUUUCAUGUUAGAGCUGUGUUUAGGCUACUAGCCUUAGCCUUAUUCUGCCCUCCGUCUCUCCUGCAGGGGCAGAAAGAGAGACAGAGAAGCUAUUAUGUAACUUUGUCUUGCCAAUAAAGUUAUUUUUGGAAUUUCAUUGUCAGAUGGACAAAGCGUUUGUAUGAUGUACUGUAGCAAUACCUGACGCAUUCUGGCUACUCUUGUUUAUUGCAAUAAGAUGACAUUGAAUAAUAUGUGUGUACGUGAGUAAAUCAUUAUUAUAAAUGUAAUUUAAAAAAUGAAAAAAAAAAAAAACACUUUAUGCGAAAUAAUAUUGGUAUAGAGAGAAACCAAGUUG